GACAAGCCCGGCUCCAGGUCCGGCAGGCGAGGCGCCGUCGGGGUCGACCGCCUCAGCGCGCUCCCGGACGCGCUCCUGCACCACAUCAUGUCGUCCCUCAAGGCGUGGGAGGUGGUGCGCACCUGCGUGCUCGCGCGGCGCUGGCGCCACCUCUGGGCGUCCGCGCCCUGCGUCGACAUCCGCCUGCGCUACUCCACCCGCGACUCCCAGCCGCCGGAGGAGUUCCGCGACUUCGUGCACCGCCUCUUCCUCCUCCGCGACGUGUCGGCGCCCGUGGACACGCUCCGCCUGCGGCCGAGCGACGAGGACGCGGGCUUCGACGAGAACGACGCAAGCAUCUGGAUCAGGGUUGCGAUCACUCGCCGUGCGCGCGUUAUCCAUCUUGCCGGGCAUCACAAGGCGGCUGUGUCGUUGGACGGUGUGAACUUCGUCUCUGGCCACCUCAAGAUCUUGAAGUUGUCCUACGCCAGGGUCGACCGCAGGAACCUCCAGCAGCUUUCUUCUGGUUGCACUGCCUUGGAAGAGCUGGAUCUCAAGGACUGCUUGAUCACCGGCCCGGAGAUCGCGUCUGCCUCUUUGAAGACCCUAAUCAUGCUCAAAUGCAAGAUCAGCUGCGCCUUCUCAAUUGCUGCUCCGAACCUCCUACUUCUGCGCCUCGUCACGCCUUACGUCCGGGUUCCGUCGUUUACCAACUUCGCGUCGCUGGUCACAGGCACUAUCAUACUUGAUGACUCUUACCUCAGUGAUGAUUUUGAACACAUCAGCGAUAAAGAUGAUUGUGAUGACACUACUGACGACGAUGGUGACGAUAACAGUGAGAAUGAUGAUAGGAGCAACAACUAUAAGAUUAAUGAUGACUCUUCUUUGAGUGAUGAUGAUUUUGGAUACAUCAGUGAUGAGGGUGACUUUGGUCAGUUUGCAUAUGGACAUGGUUUCCCCAAACAAAGAUAUGGGCAUGGCGGUUACAAGGAUAAGUAUGAUUAUGGCAGUGAUAUUGAUAGCGAUGACAAUACCUAUGAAUACAGUGAGAUUGCAAAUGAUGCAAAGUAUGGCUACAAAGGUGGUGAUGGCCGGAAUCCAAGUAAAGGUGGUAACUAUGGUGAAACCAGUCUCGGCAAUGAUAGUAAGAUUCUAGGUGGCCAUCAUAUUCUUGAAAGCCUUUCAAGGGCUACAAGUUUGGAGUUGUUAACUGAUGCUGGAGAGGUGGUUCUGAGUAGGGAAUUGAAAAGGUGUCCAACUUUUAGCAACCUGAAGACCCUGUCCCUUGGUGAAUGGUGUAUGGCUGCUGAUUUUGAUGCACUAAUUUUCUUGCUGCAGCAUUCCCCUAAUAUAGAGAGGCUUUUUCUCCAACUUAAAGUGAACUACAACACCAGGAUGGCACUGGUAACAGGUAUCAAACCAAUGGGAAGAUCGUUUACUUGCAAAGACCUUCGAAUGGUGAAAAUCAAAUGCUCAAAGGAUGAUGCUAGGGUCCAUACGUUGGCACAUAUGUUCAUGGCAAAUGGUGUACCCCUUGAGAAGAUUUAUGUCCAUCGUAGUGGGAAUGCUCAUCUCCGUGGCCAGAAGUUUAUGAGGGAGCUCGCCAGGCAAGAACUCAUUGACUGUGGGAUGACGGACGACUGGAUGUAACACUUAUGUGGUUAGCGAGGAUCUAGUACGGAACCAUGAUCCCCAUGAAGUGUGACAGUGCUUUCAAAGCUUCAGCGGAUCCUGAUGCUUUAUUUGGGUAACAUGUAUGAUGGUACCGUGUGUUGAGUAUCAUCAAAUGGUUGGAAUGUUCUACCUAGAAUCCUACUGGGAUGAGUUGAGACAGUGAGCUAUCAGCCUAGCAGUACUUGUGGCCUGUAGUAACUUUGCUUUGUUCAUGGAACAGAUAUGAAUAAUCCUCGAUUGAAUGUU